AUGGUUUCAGAACCCAAGCGAGUUGCUACUGCAGCAGCAAGAAAGGUGGCUGCACGCAGGCGUGCAACCGGCGACAGUACUUCUCACACCUCAGCAGCAGGUGAUUCGUCCUCUGCUUCUGGGAACAGUCCACGUGGUGAGUUAUCACGUGAGACAGGUACACCCGCUGCGUCUGCAGCGGGUACUGCGAAUCGUAGUCAAGAUGAUUUUGAAAUAGAGCUCAUCAAUUCUGGCGAGUCGGAUGAUGUAUCGGACUCGAAGGCGACACCUUACACCUCCGGAUCACCCGGAGCGGACACUGCAAGAGCCAGGUUGACUGGCUCUGGUCAACGUGGCGGCAUCAUGCUCGAGUUCUUCGGAAUCGAGCGAUUGCUCCGACGAAGCUCGCCUCACGCGAGUCCAUCCAACGAUAAAACGCGUGGUGAUGGUGGCGAUACGUCUGAGCAUCACUACGAGCGGAGUAUCUCGAGCGAUAGAGCUGCCACUAGUAUCAUUGCUCAUGCUGACACUAAUCAAGAGGCUAGAGAUCGAAGUGUUCUGCGCCACACUCCUCAAGUGGAGUCUCCUUGA